GGAACACUUCUCCUGGCGACGACCCCCCGACAUUUCCGAAGAAGUUUGAGAUUGAAUGCAUAGGAAAGUUGUACAAGGACUCCUCUGUGGCCCAUCAACGCCUUUUGUAGUCCCAGUACUGCUUGUCUCCAGCCGAAAAACCGGUAGUUGGUGAUCCACCGGCCGCGUCAGACAAGAACAAACUCUGCAACGAGAUACCCGACGAUUCCUUGUGUGGAUCAGGAACAGGCCCACUAGGGUCGAUGGUGUAAAGUCUUUUGGUCAAGAUGGAUCAUGCACUUCCCUCUUUGCCUCUCAAGAGAGAGACUUCUCCUCAUGAGCAUCGACAAGAUGCCUUUUCGCAACCACCGCCUACACGAGCGCCACCGCCUUUGCCCUUUGGAGAUGCGAGCGGUGGGGAAUGGGAGCAGAAUGAUGUUGCAAAACAUGCAAACCAAGCAUGGCAGAAUGGCCCUCCAUCACGGAUUGCACCUGUUCCGCAGGAAAAUUUUCUACCGAGCCACGCUGCGAGCCACGACGUACGUGACUCCGGUUAUGACGAAGAGAGCCUUUCGGAAACCCAUACCAGACGUGCUUCCGGAAUCAUCCAAGCGCCAUACGCAGAAAUUCACAACAGAUCUGUAUCGAGGCAAAAUUCACCAGCUCCGUACCCCCAGCUACCACAAACAUACACUCCUCCUCCGAGAACAGAUUCCGCAAGCCCUCGUACACUCAACUACCGCCGUCCACGAGCCGAGUCAUUGGCACCACCACAAUCACAAGUUGAUCUCAACACUAAUCGCUCUGUUUCUACUCCUUUCAAUUCUAGACCAAAUUCGACGGUAUAUCACUCGGACGGUGAGGGGAUGGACGCCCUCAAAGACAUUCGCCGCAAGAGCUCCAGCUUUAUCACAGGACUCUUCCAUACUCCAACACCUUCAGAUGAUGGCAAUCACGUAGGACUCCGCGCUUGGGUGCUGGGGGGACCGGGAGGAGAGAGGCAUGUUUCCUACAACUUGGAUUUUCUCAUGAAGGCGGAUAAGAUACCUGAGAUGUGGGGCCCGCGAGACUCGGCCGAUCUAUACGUCUAUUUCUACCCUCGCGCUACAGGGCUUGGUCCACAGAUCAAGUGCGAAUCCAAGAUCAUAAAGAACUCACAAGUUUUACUCGCUCUAGCGCAACCCGAAGGAUCAAGAGGACGCGGCAGAGCCCGAAGCUUUGACGGCCGAGGAAGCUUGACUAUUGAAGAUGCCACGAGGAAUCUAGCAGUGCGACAUCCUUCAUCGCCACCUUUCACGCCUCAGAUCGGUACACAAGAUACACAAUCUGCUUCUGACGGUUCGGAGACGUCGCUUCGAUCUGUUCCCAGCGUUUCGUCUCCCUCGGCUCCCUCGGCUCCCUCGGCUCCCUCGGAAGCAACCGAACCGACCGAAUACCACCUAUAUCUCCCCCUCGGAGUGAUGGACCCGCCAGAUCGAUUCGAUACUAAGCAAAAUGAGUCUGUAAAAGAAAAGUUCGAGAGACAAAAGAGCGAGCAAAAGUUGAUUGAUGCUCGGAACCUCUUCGCAUUUCUGAACGGCCAAGUCAUCGUUGCUACCAGAAAAACUUCCUCCGCAUUUCGAUGCUUCAUGGCGAUCGCCGAGCUCCUGAGAUCAUUUGCAUUCACUGACGCUGAAGGGGAAUCGUUUGGGGCAGAGGUGAAUGUUGCUUUCGACUUCUCCCUGGCUGAGUAUCGUUUCGCCGAUGUACGAGAUAGCAGAGAGACGACUUUGGAAGGGUUGAUUCUGGGAGAAGCCAUGAAAUCGCAUAGGCUUUACAAUGAGGCAUAUGCCCAUGCAGUCGGCAAACUCGAUACACUGAAAGAAUCAAAAUCACAACUGUGGGAAGAGUUGUCCCCGAAAACCAGAGAAUGGAUAGAGCGAGGCUACAUUGACUUAAGAAGAAAUAAGGCAUAUGUGGAAGAACGCUUGGAUGACUUCGAUUUCCCUUCAGUUUUCAGUGGCAUGGCCAAUUCCACGUCGAGCGAUGCAUCGAAGAUUGUCCGGUUUAAGUACUGGAAGGCAAACUUCAUGGCCUUGAGAAAAACUAUCCAAUCAUACUACAAGGCUCUCCAUGGAUCAUGGCCACCUAAAGGAAAGAGCAAGAAGAAUACUUUCGUUGAGGGAGGCCUCAAUCGACUCGUUUUGAAAGGCCUUUACCUUGACCUAUGCUCCCUCUGGGACCUUCUGGUGGAUCGUGAAAAUGCCACAACUCGUGCUGUAGGAGGAGACGUCGAAGCAAAGGAGUAUGAACAUCCGACGAUUCCAAUUCUGAGGAAGCUUCUCGACGAAUUCGACCGCUCAACCACUCCUAGAUUCCCGCCGAUCCCCUUUGACGUGCCUCAUUUACCGGAUCUUGCGACAGUCGAUGUUAAGUUCAACAAAUUAAACACCGGUGAGCAAGAAAGAUCAGUAAAUAAGCGCAAAUUGCAAGCGUGGGAAGCAGCAUUGGUCCUGGAGAAGGGCCAUGAUCGUACUGAAGGAGCUUCAAAGUACAAUACCCCUUUCAUGGAGAUGUACCGAACCUUCGAGACCAAGGAAGCCAAGGGCAAAACUACCAGAGAACUCCAAGAGCAGCGAAUUGGCCAUUGGAUAUUCUUGUACUGCGUUCUGCAAGUUCUACCACUCCUGAUCUCGGAUGCAACCGACCUGAGUUUCACCGAUGGAGUCGAAUAUUUUCUGCCGGCGACACCAGAGUUUGCGCCAUGGUCAAGGAAUGGGAACCAGCAUCAAAAACCGGUUCAAUACGUAACCGCCACAGGAGAUAUCGUAUACGCUACUGAUCGUCAAGUGAGAAAUGGCGACAACGCCAUUUAUGAGCGAACCCAUUGCUGGCACCAAGCUCGCCGCUUUGCAGAUGUUCUAGAGCAGGAGUCCAACAAUCAAAUUACUCCAGCAGAUCAAAUGUCACCAUUAUCGCCACCACCAACCUUCAAUGCCGAUGGGCAGAUGCAGGGGGGCAAUAGCGGGGCGAGCGGCUUCCUAGGGGUGGGCGACGCGGGACGGAAUGGGAGCAGGACUAGACUGUCCGAAAGAAAUAGCGUUCUACUCGGGCUAGAGCAGAUGGCUCGAUACGAACCAGAGAACCUUGCGGUCGGCAACACCAGCUCCGCUGCGACUCGCACUCCACCGGAGCGAGAUGUUACUUUCGACGACAUCUUGGCGGGCAUGGAUUUGGGUGGCAAGAAGGAUAAGAAGAAGGGGCGGAAGUAGAUUGGUUGGUUGGAGUUCUUGUGUUUAUAAUUGUGGUUUAGCAUAGCGGUGGCGUCGUUUCUAUAAUGAUUCACGAAGAAAAGAAGACAAUGUCCAGCCAGAGCUGAGACAUCACGCAUGAUGUAAAGUACUAUACCAAAAUGUAAUUUUAUAAUUUACAAAUCA